UUGCUAUCAUCAGAGGAAUAACUUUUCUGAAAUUAUUUAGCAUUAAACUUUAUUAAUUAGUUUUGUGGUUUUAUACUUAGUGAAUGACUUAUAAUAUUUUGUGAAUAGUACCUAAACAAGACAAAGAUAUCAUAAAAUGGAAUCUAAAUUAGCUCAAGGCUUAAAAUUAUUAUACAUACCAAAAAAAACAAAAAUUAGUUCUGGUCUUGGUGAUCGGCUUCCAGAGGCAUAUAAGAAGUUUUAUAAAGAAUGGCGUCAUAAGGUUCCUCAACCAGUUUACUAUAAAGCUAAACCAGGAAAAUGGACAAAGGACGAGAAAACUGGAGCAAUUAUUCCUGUUCAGAAUAUACCAAUUCCUUUAAAGUACCCAAAAACAAUGCAUUCUGGUAUUUGGGGAGGAGAAGCUAUAGUUCAAGGCUUCAAACAAAGUGGUAAAUACAAGAGUCGUGUACCACAUUUUUGGACACCAACAUUAAAGAAAUCAGUGGUAUACAGUGAGAUUUUAAAUUCUUACAUGUCAACAAUAGUGACUGAAAAAGCCCUAGAUCUUAUAAAUAAGAAUUAUGGCUUAGAUCAUUAUCUACUGAAAACAGCUGCAUGUGAUUUAAGAACUACUUUAAGUUUAAAAAUCAAACGUCAUAUCUUAAUGGCUCUAAGAGACAAAACAUUAUAUAAAGAUGAUAGUGUCAAACAACAAGAGGUGUAUGACAAAUAUAAACAUUAUUUGAAUGAUUAUACCCAUGAAGAAAUUGAAUGGUAUGGUUUAACAUUCGAUGAGGCUUUACUCAAAAUGCAGGAUAUAGACGAGUUAAAUGAAAAGAAAGCUCCAUUGAAAACAAAAUACAGACUGGAAUUAAUAGAGGAGUUGAAAAAUAGUGAUGAAACAGUAGAAGAGAAUAAGAGUUGGAUAAAUAAACUUAAUCCUUUUAGUUAGAAAUGUUAUAUUACAAUAUAGUGGUUUAUUAAUGAUUAAAAAUAAUA